AUGGGAAACCUUAAAGGGCUAGAGGAAGAUAGGAUGGGAAUGGGGAGAGAACCCAUUAGUAUUGCUUCAGGUGAAGCUUCGGACUUUACGAAGGGAACACUGUGGUGUUUGAUGAUCAAGACUGGUGUGAACAAGCUUGCUGAUUUGGUUGGAGUCACUCUUGAACCAAAAGGCAGGAAUCUCGUUCUAGAGAGCAAAUAUGGCUCUUCCAAAAUUGUUAAUGAUGGUGUGACAGUAGCUAAGGAGGUUGAGUUGGAUAACCCAGUUGUUGGGGCUAAGUUAGUAAGACAGGUAGCUGCUCAAACUAAUGACUUGGCCGGUGAUGGAACAACAACUUCCAUGGUGGCAGCCGGUGCAAAUCCUGUCUUAAUCAUUAGGGGCAUUGAAAAGACCACAAGGGCUUUAGUAUCUGAGCUUAAGGCUAUUUCAAAAGAGGUUGAGGACAUUGUUAUCCUUACUGGAGGUACUAUUAUUAGAGAUGAGGUUAGGUUUUCCUUGGACAAAGCUAGCAAAGAAGUCUUGGGCCAUGCCUCUAAAGUGGUGCUUACCAAGGAUACAACCACCAUCAUGGCUAAUUCAUCUUCUGCUGCCACAAUAUCUGCGAAUAUAAAUUCUAUACCUAUGCUUAAUGGAACUAAUUUUAAGGAAUGGAAAAGGGAAGAACAACCUGCACCUCUCACUGCGGAAAGCACCCCUGAUAUUAAGAGGGACUUUGAGAGGUGGGAUUGUUCAAAUCGUAUGAGUCUAAUGAUCAUGAAACACAACAUUCCAGAAGCCUUUAGGGGCACAGAAUCUGAAGAGAUUACUCUGGCCAAAGGUUUCCCUGAUGAAAUUGAGAAACAUUUUGCUAAAAACGAUAAGGUUGAGAUGACAUCACUUCUGACUUCUUUGAUGUCUAUGAAGUAUAAAGGUCAAGGAAACGUAAGGGAGUAUAUUAUGGAGAUGUUCCAUACUGCUUCAAGACUUAAGGAAGAAAGGUUGAAGGGUGAUGAGUCUGAAAAUGCUCAUUUGGCCAAUGUCCCUAAGGACAAGGGCAAGAAAAGAAAAUAUCAGAAUGAAACUGCUAAGGGUCCAGCUCAAAAGAAACAACAACAAGCUACAGAGAGUUGUUUCUUUUGUAAUAAGUCUGGACACGUAAAGAAAGAUUGUACCAAAUAUCAUGCUUGGUGUGUAAAGAAAGGGUUGCCUGAGUUACUGAAAGCCAAGUGA